AGCUUUAGUCAAAUAAAAUCGCUAGAAAUGGCUUAAAUACUAAAAAAGAAUAAUGGAGUUACCGCAUAAUAAUUUUUAAUAUGUUUGAACAUUUAAAAGUAUCCCACCAAACUCACAUUUAUUGAAAAAUAUCAGUCAACGCACAUGCAGCUGCCUGCUUGAUCAAUCGCCAUUUAAAACACCUUUUAAGCGAUGACAUUUAGAUAGAACGUUGUUUACAGUUGCUUGGUUGUCUUUUCUAAACAAGAAGGAAUAGUAUCUUAUUCGUGUUAAGCAUGGAAAAAGCAUCCACAUCUCGAAAUCUUGAUAGAUUAUUUUUCCUCACAGCACUCUCCUUCUGUGAUUAAAAGUUUGAAAAAAAUAUACAACUGUAUACUGUAAUAAGGUUUUAACCACCGCGAGUGAGUGGACUAAUGUCUUUAAAGUUCAAGCGGGAAAUUUAAGAAAACACAUGGAGCGCACAUGUACAAAAAACAACACUACGAUAUAAAAAAACCCUUGUGUCUGGAGUUGAAAGAAGUAUGACUUCAUGUCGUCUUUGUUUGAAAGAAUAUAAAAACUGAAAGGAAAGUAGACAUCUCUUGUGGCCUAUGGAGUUGCAGAGGCUGCACAAAAUUGGCUUCCAACUCCUUAAUCGUGAUAUUGAUAGUGUUAAUAAUGACGACAGGAAAAAAAAGAGUGUGUAAAUGGAUCGGUGUGUGACAAGUGCUAUAGAGGAAUAGGAGUACUGGAGAAAGCAGAAGAACUCAGAUUGAGGUGGAAAAACUGUAGAUUUAAACGAAAAUGUAAAAUUGCUGACGAUCAGGUAAUUCAUGAGCGAUUUUUUUGUGUUAUUCUUUUCUUUGUAUCGUUGAUACUAUAUACACUAGUUUUUUUCAUAGAAUGCUUCAGAACUAGAUUCCUUAAAUAUCGUAGUUGAAAACGAGUGCAAACAGGAAAUGGCAAGAGUUGAGCGUGACAAUUUAAUGACAGACGUCUCUGUCGAUGCUUUAGUCAAUUUUAACGACGCGAAAUUCUUAGAGAGGAUGGAAGAACUUUGCCCAAUCCUGUCGGCUGCCAUAAGAGGUGUAGUAGCUGGAGGGAAAGGGUAAGAUCGAUGACUCUCCAAGAGAUACGGAGAGCAACAAAAUGUUACGAAUAUGUUCUAUACGCUUAAUAUUUUACAGGGUAUAUAUUGGACAACAAGUGGCGUGUUUCGGAAUCCUGUUCAAAGCAAGAUAUCAUAAAAGCAGAGCCUGUAUAGUCUCGCAUCGCAAUGACCAGCUGUUCAUUGCCGCUGGUGCUAAGAAGCGGGCGUUUAAAUGGUUCAAUGCCCUUGGUGUAACCAAUAGUUAUCAAACUGCAUUGAACAAAAACAAGAAAUUAGCCUGUAAUUAUGACCAAGACGUUAAAGGUUGGAAAAAUAUGAUAGAAUCCAAUGAUCCGGAGAGUGUUGGGUACCAGGUAAUACUUUUUUCUCUAGUAAUUCAGAAACGUUGCAUUUCAAAUAUAAGCUGCAUAUAUAUUGUAUGUUGGCAGAUUAUUGGCGAUAAUCUAGACUACGAAGUUAACGUCAGACACCAAGGAAUCAACAAUCCCAAUAGGAGUCAUCACUGGUUUCAUUACAUAGCUGUUAAAGAUCGCGUGCACCCCUCUCAAGAUCCUAAAAGUUUUGAAGAUUACAGGCGUGCAAGUGUUCUACCAGAUAACCACACGCUCGUGAUGUUGGCAGAUAAUUUCAAGCACUUGGUAACAAGAACUAUCGUAUCCUUCAUACCAGCGUUUGAAUCUUUCAAGAAACAUACGCAGAAACAUAUAGCACAUCCAUUCGUCGAUGAAAUGUCGAAAAAAUCAGAGGUUGUUAGUCUUGGACUGUUGUUGGAGUCGGAAAACACGGCAUCUGGAAUUACCAAGAUCUUACGUCAUAUACAGAAAGAAUAUGUGCCACAAACGAUAAACGAAAACGGAAAAUUGGAGGUCAGUAAAUUCAUAACAAAAUUAUAUGUUUGCCUCGCCGCAAGUUCCGAUAACAAGCUGGGUCAAAUCAACAUCCACAGUGGCACUGAGGGCAAGAAUAGGUAAAUCUUGACAACAGAUAGACCGCAUUUCACUGAUUCUACCAAAUGCUUCUCUGAAUGGCUUGUCCUCAUUGCUCAUUGGUGAGGCACCCCUAAGAUAAGGAUAUAUAAACAUUAUAAAGCUAUAAAAUAAAACUUGGUUCAAAAAAUGGAAAACGUUUUCAUCUUUUACAGAGAGUGGCAGAAAAUGAGCCUGCAUCUGCAUGUACAGUAAAGUUCAUGCUGUUUUGCAUUAAACUACACUCUCUUUUCUCUCCCUAAAAACUAAAGAUGCAUAGAGGAAUAUCAUGGGGUCAGAUUUAGUUAUAUCUAGCAUCAUAUUAUGAUGGAGGAUGUUAUUAUACAAAACAUACAUUCUGAAAAUGCUUUCUUUGCAGCUUUGGGGCACCAAUAAUAAAAACACCAUACCAUGACACUUUGUGUACUUCAUCCACAACAAGGCAAACAGCAUUGUCCAGUACAAAUUUAGAUGAGAGAAACUGUCUCCACCUGGCAUUAUUAAGCCAAGAUUCAGGUGUGCCAAUCAAAAUAUUGAAAUUGCCAGAUAUAAUAUCCCCAUAAUCAUCGCAAUCUAGUUUGGAAGCCUUUAAUCCUAACGCACUUAACGAAUUUGCAGAUGAAACUUGAUCUUGGAUUAAAGAAAUAAGAGGAGAAACGACUAAAACAAGUGGUGAAGGUGCUAUAUUUAACUCCAAACACACACUUGGUAAAAGUUGGUAGAUUAAACUUUUACCAUAACACGUUGGAAAAAUACACAAGGUAUCGACUCCAUUUAAAAUAUUUACCACAGCUUCUAAUUGUUUGGGUUUAAUUGAAAAAGAAAGUGGAACUAAAAUGUUUGAGAUGACUUUUGAAACAUCCGAAACAGUCGCCAUGUUCAAUGAAAUAAAUUAAAUCCAUAAUUUUAAUCAUCAGCCUCACUAUAAUAUAAUUAAAAGGGUGUAGCUUUCUUUAUUAGUUUAGUUGAUACGGCCACGGAUCAACAAAAUUGUUGCGCAACUGCCCUGCAAAAAUUAGCCAAUCAGAAAGUAGCAGUUGCAUUCCUACGGUAGGUUAGUCCUGUCUCUCUUUUCAGCGAUAGCGCGCUAAAAAAAGCAGGGUUAAAAAAGCAGGACAGCGCGAGAGCAGAAAAGAGAGACAGGUAUCCUGUCUACUCGAACAUCCAACCUAGGUUUGAUAUAACACAACCUGUGUGUUUGGUACCAUCAAGACAAAAAUAACACUGAUCGAGCAAAACUUAUCUUAUCUCGGUUUCUUUGUUGUCUCUGGAGAUUUGACUGCCAUAAAAAAUAUUAAUCGAGAUUCUUUUGUUAUGUUAAUUUAAAGCUUUGUAAUAUUGUCUCGUUUAAUAUGCUUAAAUGUCACUGCAGCCCACGUGAAUUUAUCUUCAAGAAAAGGAUUGUUUUUCUUUGUCCAAGUUGUUUCGAAAAUUGUUAACAGUAAGUAGAAGGAUUACUUAUAUUUUAUAUGAAAUUAAACUCAGAACGGUGUAUGGCGUUGAUCCAAAGGCCGCAAUUUAUAAAUGCAUCACAAUUUAAAGUCAAUCAAGAACAGAACAUGGCCAUGACUAAAACUGCUUGCAUUUUGUUGGUCUUCCCUUCCCGAUGGUCUGGCUUGUCGUAAUAGCUUUAAUGAUGUAGCUAGGGAGCUAAAUACUUAUUUUUAAAUUCUUGCAUUUUAUAAGGUAAUAGUUGUAAAACUACUCUCACUUGUACUACAGCUAUCAAGCUAGAACUGCACAAAAUAGUGCUUUCAUUAGAGUCCCUUUUUUCAGAAGCAACAAAAAACUUUUAUCCUGCCCUGUGUAAUUUUAUCAACGAGGGUGCUGAUAAGCCACAUACACCGUAAAAAGUAUAGGCGUUUUGGGUGAGUAAAAUAACUUCUAAAGGAACCUUUGUGAGGCUGCUAUCAUGUAUUCUUGCGGUCAGAAUGUUCUCCUUCGUUGCUAUCCGAUGGAGAACAAAGUGGCCUUUUCACGGUCAAACCUUCAAAGUAGCAACCUUACUUAAACAGAAUUUACAAGUAAAACGUCGUUAAAAUGUCGCAAAAUGGCAAAAAUUAAGCAGUAUCUAAAACAUAUUAAAGAUUUGACUAAAAAAAAAAGAAUUCCUUGAAAAAUCCAGUAUUGUAUUUAUGAAGAUUUCACCACAAAAACAUUAAGUACGGCAUUUGUACCCCAUUUCAUAAUGGCUGCCCGUGAUUGGUUGACACGAAUCCGACCGCAAGAAUAUAUAUAAAAAGAUAUUUGUUGAAUCAUGAAAAAAUAUUGUUGUUCAUUGCACGGAACAGUCAAGUUGAACUGAUAAAUUAACCAAUAACAUAACAUAGUUAGCCCUUGCAGUACAACUAGACGCUACCCACAGUAUGUUACAGGUUUCUUUGUUUUCUUCCCUUUUUUAUGUUUUUUCUUGAAAUUAUAAAUGAUGUUGUUGAUUUAUCAAAUCUGACAAAUUUAUUAAUUGAGUGUCUACCCUUUUUUGUAUCAACUUGUUCAAUUCAAUUCGAAAACAAUGACCAAUCAAUUUCCUCGAUAAUAAACAAUCAAAUUUGUAAAAUUCAAUAAAUCGAUUUCAACAAAAUAAGUCCUGUAUUGUCCACAGGUUUGAAAAUCUUGUAUCGCCUGCUUAAUAUUAUACUUGUUUAACAAUGAUAUCAAAGCCAGCUUGACUAAAUUUAUAUAUAUAUUUUUAUUUAUAUAGUAUAUCUUUUGUGUAUCACAUGGCAUUGAUUUGUAUCUUUUUAAUAAAUUCUAACUUUAAAUCAGAUAAGUAGACAAUAAUUAAACAACCUAGUAUUAAUUCAGUUCUGGUAAAUAGUAUUCUUCUUUCUCAAUUUUAAAUAUACUUUCUUUUUCAGAUCAUUUGUUAUGAAACCAUGCACCAUCAGCAGUUUCGAAAAAUCUUCAACGAGAGAAAUUUUUACGGAUUUUAUUGGUAACUUAACAGAGUAAUAAUUCAUUGAAAUUGAAAUUGUUCAGAAGUUAUUAUAUAUAUUCGAAUCGUGAAGUUCAUACAUAGCAAUCCUGCAUCCUGGAAUUUUCGAGAUCAGUUAUAAAAAAAUCCAGUUAAAGUUUUAACUAUUGUUUUAGAAUAUAUACUAUAUAUAUGUGAAAAAAAAAUUAUUUUUUAUUUAUCAAGUUGUAUUUUACGUUAAUUACAAUAAUAAUUGAGAAUUAGGAUACUUAUGAUGUGUUUAUAUACCCCAUUGUUCUCCGUUUUAAAGUCUACUUCAAAUUUCAGAAUCUUUUAGGCUAAUGACGGAAAUCUUCAAGUCGCAGGGCUUUUUAUUUAAAAAUUUUCCCCUGGGCAAUAAGCUUAUUCACAAGCCUCUAUGCAAUUCCGUACUGCAUUUCUAUCAUAUUCGUCAUAUUUGGCGGAAAAUGUUUCAGCAGAAUAGCUUUCAGACACAAUUUGUUAUUACAGCACAAGAAUUUUUGGAGAUUUGAUAAGUCAAAAAUGUAUGCGUAAGUCUUUAAAACGAAUUUUAACCAAAAAUCAAAAGCAAUGAUUACGUGAAAUUACACAACAAGAAGGCUAGAGGCGUUUAAAGUGUACAUAUAUUUAAUCAAGAUCUAACUUUAUAGAUAGAGCCUUAGCCAAAUGUGAAAAUAACGAAAAUAAUAAGUUCUAACACUGCAGUUUUUAUAGAUUUCAAACGUCCACCAUUUUCCAUUUUAAUUUUAAAUCCCGUUCUAAAUUUGAAUGUUUGAAAUCGUUAUUUGUAAUUCGGGGCGCAUUAGUGGUAACUAUGGCUAGUUUUAUGUAUGGGAGAAGUUUUUUUCUUACUCUCAACUUCGCGGGGGAACUUCGGCUCGAACAUCCAACCUAGGUUUGAUAUAACACAACCUGUGUGUUUGGUACCAUCAAGACAAAAAUAACACUGAUCGAGCAAAACUUAUCUUGUCUCGGUUUCUUUGUUGCCUCUGAAGAUUUGACUGCCAUAAAAAAUAUUAAUCGAGAUUCUUUUGUUAUGUUAAUUUAAAGCUUUGUAAUAUUGUCUCGUUUAAUAUGCUUAAAUGUCACUGCAGCCCACGUGAAUUUAUCUUCAAGAAAAGGUAUGUUUUUCUUUGUCCAAGUUGUUUCGAAACUUGUUAACAGUAAGUAGAAGGAUUACUUAUAUUUUAUAUGAAAUUAAACUCAGAACGGUUUAUGGCGUUGAUCCAAAGGCCGCAAUUUAUAAAUGCAUCACAAUUUAAAGUCAAUCAAGAACAGAACAUUCCGUGUAUGGCCAUGACUAAAACUGCUUGCAUUUUGUUGGUCUUCCCUUCCCGAUGGUCUGGCUUGUCGUAAUAGCUUUAAUGAUGUAGCUAGGGAGCUAAAUACUUAUUUUUAAAUUCUUGCAUUUUAUAAGUUAAUAGUCGUAAAACUACUCUCACUUGUACUACAGCUAUCAAGCUAGAACUGCACAAAAUAGUGCUUUCAUUAGAGUCCCUUUUUUCAGAAGCAACAAAAAACUUUUAUCCUGCCCUGUGUAAUUUUAUCAACAAGGGUGCUGAUAAGCCACAUACACUGUAAAAAGUAUAGGCGUUUUGGGUGAGUAAAAUAACUUCUAAAGGAACCUUUGUGAGGCUGCUAUCAUGUAUUCUUGCGGUCAGAAUGUUCUCCUUCGUUGCUAUCCGAUGGAGAACAAAGUGGACUUUUCACGGUCAAACCUUCAAAGUAGCAACCUUACUUAAACAGAAUUUACAAGUAAAACGUCGUUAAAAUGUCGCAAAAUGGCAAAAAUUAAGCAGUAUCUAAAACAUAUUAAAGAUUUGACUAAAAAAAAAAGAAUUCCUUGAAAAAUCCAGUAUUGUAUUUAUGAAGAUUUCACCACAAAAACAUUAAUUACGGCAUUUGUACCCCAUUUCAUAAUGGCUGCCCGUGAUUGGUUGCCACGAAUCCGACCGCAAGAAUAUAUAUAAAAAGAUAUUUGUUGAAUCAUGAAAAAAUAUUGUUGUUCAUUGCACGGAACAGUCAAGUUGAACUGAUAAAUUAACCAAUAACAUAACAUAGUUAGCCCUUGCAGUACAACCAGACGCUACCCACAGUAUGUUACAGGUUUCUUUGUUUUCUUCCCUUUUUUAUGUUUUUUCUUGAAAUUAUAAAUGAUGUUGUUGAUUUAUCAAAUCUGACAAAUUUAUUAAUUGAGUGUCUACCCUUUUUUGUAUCAACUUGUUCAAUUCAAUUCGAAAACAAUGACCAAUCAAUUUCCUCGAUAAUAAACAAUCAAAUUUGUAAAAUUCAAUAAAUCGAUUUCAACAAAAUAAGUCCUGUAUUGUCCACAGGUUUGAAAAUCUUGUAUCGCCUGCUUAAUAUUAUACUUGUUUAACAAUGAUAUCAAAGCCAGCUUGACUAAAUUUAUAUAUAUAUUUUUAUUUAUAUAGUAUAUCUUUUGUGUAUCACAUGGCAUUGAUUUGUAUCUUUUUAAUAAAUUCUAACUUUAAAUCAGAUAAGUAGACAAUAAUUAAACAACCUAGUAUUAAUUCAGUUCUGGUAAAUAGUAUUCUUCUUUCUCAAUUUUAAAUAUACUUUCUUUUUCAGAUCAUUUGUUAUGAAACCAUGCACCAUCAGCAGUUUCGAAAAAUCUUCAACGAGAGAAAUUUUUACGGAUUUUAUUGGUAACUUAACAGAGUAAUAAUUCAUUGAAAUUGAAAUUGUUCAGAAGUUAUUAUAUAUAUUCGAAUCGUGAAGUUCAUACAUAGCAAUCCUGCAUCUUGGAAUUUUCGAGAUCAGUUAUAAAAAAAUCCAGUUAAAGUUUUAACUAUUGUUUUAGAAUAUAUACUAUAUAUAUGUGAAAAAAAAAUUAUUUUUUAUUUAUCAAGUUGUAUUUUACGUUAAUUACAAUAAUAAUUGAGAAUUAGGAUACUUAUGAUGUGUUUAUAUACCCCAUUGUUCUCCGUUUUAAAGUCUACUUCAAAUUUCAGAAUCUUUUAGGCUAAUGACGGAAAUCUUCAAGUCGCAGGGCUUUUUAUUUAAAAAUUUUCCCCUGGGCAAUAAGCUUAUUCACAAGCCUCUAUGCAAUUCCGUACUGCAUUUCUAUCAUAUUCGUCAUAUUUGGCGGAAAAUGUUUCAGCAGAAUAGCUUUCAGACACAAUUUGUUAUUACAGCACAAGAAUUUUUGGAGAUUUGAUAAGUCAAAAAUGUAUGCGUAAGUCUUUAAAACGAAUUUUAACCAAAAAUCAAAAGCAAUGAUUACGUGAAAUUACACAACAAGAAGGCUAGAGGCGUUUAAAGUGUACAUAUAUUUAAUCAAGAUCUAACUUUAUAGAUAGAGCCUUAGCCAAAUGUGAAAAUAACGAAAAUAAUAAGUUCUAACACUGCAGUUUUUAUAGAUUUCAAACGUCCACCAUUUUCCAUUUUAAUUUUAAAUCCCGUUCUAAAUUUGAAUGUUUGAAAUCGUUAUUUGUAAUUCGGGGCGCAUUAGUGGUAACUAUGGCUAGUUUUAUGUAUGGGAGAAGUUUUUUUCUUACUCUCAACUUCGCGGGGGAACUUCGGCUCGAACAUCCAACCUAGGUUUGAUAUAACACAACCUGUGUGUUUGGUACCAUCAAGACAAAAAUAACACUGAUCGAGCAAAACUUAUCUUGUCUCGGUUUCUUUGUUGCCUCUGAAGAUUUGACUGCCAUAAAAAAUAUUAAUCGAGAUUCUUUUGUUAUGUUAAUUUAAAGCUUUGUAAUAUUGUCUCGUUUAAUAUGCUUAAAUGUCACUGCAGCCCACGUGAAUUUAUCUUCAAGAAAAGGUUUGUUUUUCUUUGUCCAAGUUGUUUCGAAACUUGUUAACAGUAAGUAGAAGGAUUACUUAUAUUUUAUAUGAAAUUAAACUCAGAACGGUUUAUGGCGUUGAUCCAAAGGCCGCAAUUUAUAAAUGCAUCACAAUUUAAAGUCAAUCAAGAACAGAACAUUCCGUGUAUGGCCAUGACUAAAACUGCUUGCAUUUUGUUGGUCUUCCCUUCCCGAUGGUCUGGCUUGUCGUAAUAGCUUUAAUGAUGUAGCUAGGGAGCUAAAUACUUAUUUUUAAAUUCUUGCAUUUUAUAAGUUAAUAGUCGUAAAACUACUCUCACUUGUACUACAGCUAUCAAGCUAGAACUGCACAAAAUAGUGCUUUCAUUAGAGUCCCUUUUUUCAGAGGCAACAAAAAACUUUUAUCCUGCCCUGUGUAAUUUUAUCAACAAGGGUGCUGAUAAGCCACAUACACUGUAAAAAGUAUAGGCGUUUUGGGUGAGUAAAAUAACUUCUAAAGGAACCUUUGUGAGGCUGCUAUCAUGUAUUCUUGCGGUCAGAAUGUUCUCCUUCGUUGCUAUCCGAUGGAGAACAAAGUGGACUUUUCACGGUCAAACCUUCAAAGUAGCAACCUUACUUAAACAGAAUUUACAAGUAAAACGUCGUUAAAAUGUCGCAAAAUGGCAAAAAUUAAGCAGUAUCUAAAACAUAUUAAAGAUUUGACUAAAAAAAAAAAGAAUUCCUUGAAAAAUCCAGUAUUGUAUUUAUGAAGAUUUCACCACAAAAACAUUAAUUACGGCAUUUGUACCCCAUUUCAUAAUGGCUGCCCGUGAUUGGUUGCCACGAAUCCGACCGCAAGAAUAUAUAUAAAAAGAUAUUUGUUGAAUCAUGAAAAAAUAUUGUUGUUCAUUGCACGGAACAGUCAAGUUGAACUGAUAAAUUAACCAAUAACAUAACAUAGUUAGCCCUUGCAGUACAACCAGACGCUACCCACAGUAUGUUACAGGUUUCUUUGUUUUCUUCCCUUUUUUAUGUUUUUUCUUGAAAUUAUAAAUGAUGUUGUUGAUUUAUCAAAUCUGACAAAUUUAUUAUUUGAGUGUCUACCCUUUUUUGUAUCAAUUUGUUGAAUUCAAUUCGAAAACAAUGACCAAUCAAUUUCCUCGAUAAUAAACAAUCAAAUUUGUAAAAUUCAAUAAAUCGAUUUCAACAAAAUAAGUCCUGUAUUGUCCACAGGUUUGAAAAUCUUGUAUCGCCUGCUUAAUAUUAUACUUGUUUAACAAUGAUAUCAAAGCCAGCUUGACUAAAUUUAUAUAUUUUUAUUUAUAUAGUAUACCUUUUGUGUAUCACAUGGCAUUGAUUUGUAUCUUUUUAAUAAAUUCUAACUUUAAAUCAGAUAAGUAGACAAUAAUUAAACAACCUAGUAUUAAUUCAGUUCUGGUAAAAUUGUAUUCUUCUUUCUCAAUUUUAAAUAUACUUUCUUUUUCAGAUCAUUUGUUAUCAAACCAUGCACCAUCAGCAUUUUCGAAAAAUCUUCAACGAGAGAAAUUUUUAAGGAUUUUAUUGGUAACUUAACAGAGUAAUAAUUCAUUGAAAUUGAAAUUGUUCAGAAGUUAUUAUAUAUAUUCGAAUCGUGAAGUUCAUACAUAGCAAUCCUGCAUCCUGGAAUUUUCGAGAUCAGUUAUAAAAAAAUCCAGUUAAAGUUUUAACUAUUGUUUUAGAAUAUAUACUAUAUAUAUGUAAAAAAAAAAUUAUUUUUUAUUUAUCAAGUUGUAUUUUACGUUAAUUACAAUAAUAAUUGAGAAUUAGGAUA